AUGGUGGUCCUCGCGGCUUCAAUAUGCACAAGAGGCGGCAAGGCAGUCCUCUCGCGCCAAUUCCGGGAAAUGCAGCGCUCCCGCAUUGAGGCUCUCCUCGCUUCUUUCCCCAAGCUCGCCGACAGUGGAACCCAGCAUACCACCUGCGAACAGGACAACGUGCGCUACGUCUACCAGCCCCUCGACGAACUUUACAUGGUCUUGAUCACCAACCUACAAUCCAACAUCCUCCAAGACAUCAACACUCUGCACCUCUUCGCUCAGGUCUGCUCCUCGAUAUGCAAGUCUCUCGACGAGCGCGAGAUUCUCAAGAACGCUUUCGAGCUUCUGACGGCCUUUGAUGAGAUUGUCACACUGGGAUACAGGGAGAACUUGACCAUAAGCCAGAUCAAGACUUUCUUGGACAUGGAGUCACACGAGGAGCGUAUUCAAGAGAUCAUCGCACGGAACAAGGAGCUUGAGGCUUCAGAAGAGCGCAAGCGCCGGGCCAAGCAGCUCGAGAUGCAGCGCAAGGAGAUGUCGAGAUCACAGCGAGCAGGCGGAGGCAUGGGAGGAGGUAUGGGAAGUGGCAUCGGAGGUGGAAUGGGAGGUCGAUCGCCAUCGUAUCCUACCUUCACACCCAGCGUGCCCACGACCAACGUUGCCGACACCUACGACUCGUAUGAAGCCGAGAAGAAGAAGGCGUCGAGCAAGCCAUUGGCUCUCGGCAAGAAGGGUAUGCAGCUCGGCAAGAAGAACAAGACCAGCAACAUGUACGAGCAAGUGACUGGUGAGGUCGCGCCAGCUGAAGAGGAGCCGCUUGUUGCACCUAAGCCAAGUGCAUCCGCUGUAGCAGCCCCAGCGAGCGCACGCCAAUCGACCUCGACCGACCGCGAACCUGUUCAUAUUACCACCAACGAGACCAUCUCGGCGAGACUCGACCGCGAAGGUCUUCUUAAGUCGUUUGAAGUCAAGGGCGAGAUGCAACUCAAGAUCACUGAUGCUUCUUUCACUCAGGUCAAGCUUGACCUGGCUACAGGAGACACUCGCGGCGCUCAACUUAUGACACAUCCAAAAGUUGACAAGACAGUUUUCAGGAACGACAAGGUCAUCCAGCUUGCCGACACAAGCAAGGGCUUCCCAUCGAACAUGGGUAUUGGCGUCAUGAAGUGGAAGCUGGCACCACGACCAGACGAUAUCUCGGACCCACCCAUCACAUUCCGCGUCUGGGUUGAGGACUCUGGUAACAUGUACAACAUCACAGUCGAGUAUGAGCUUACUGGUGGCGACUCGCUCAAGGACGUCACCGUCACUAUUCCUUACCAGACGGACGAGCCCAACGUGUCAUCUUUUGACGCUGUCUAUGAAGUCAGCGGCGACAGCAUUGAGUGGAACAUUGGUGCUGUUGAUGAAGCGAACAGCUCCGGCAGCUUUGAGUUUGAGGCUCAAGCCGGCAGUGACUCUGAAUUCUUCCCCAUGAGCAUUCGCUUCAGCAAGAGCACACCUUUUGUGGAUGUAGAUGUCUCGUCUGUAACCCUGCUCUCCAUGGGUCAAGAGAUCAGCUUCUCCAAAGACGUAAAGUCUGUUGCCGAAAACUACACCAUUUCAUAA